AUGCUAGAAGAUUUUGAGGAACAAACAGAAAAGGAUCAAAGUGCGUAUGAAAGUAAGAUAAAAAGCUUAGAAGAUGUCGCUAACAAGAAUAAGCUAUACUAUGAAGAACACUUGAACCUUGCCUGCUCCUCCCUUAAAACCACCAAAGAGGAAUACCAACAGGCAUCAGAAAUCAAUGACAAAAUGUCAAAAAUGCAGACAGAUACCAUAGAAAAACUAAAGAGAGAAAUUAAAUCCUUGAGGGAAACAAUAAAUCUGUACAGAGAAGAAGAAGAUACUAAUGUUAAAAAACUGCAGUUAGAAAAAGAAAAUCUGGAAAGGUGCAAUAUUGAACUGAUGGAAAGGAUUGAAUUUUUAGAGCUCACCUUGGCUCUUAACUCUGAGCCACACUUAAAUAAAGGUGAAGGUGAUGAAAAUCUUUCUGAAGAAGUUUCAUUUCUAAACGAAGAACUUACAGAAAAAGAAAGUGGGGAGAAACUUAACCAAAUCCCACAAAUAUCAGAUAACCAAACUAAAACUCUAUCCACACAAUCAACUGCUAAUUCAGAACUCAUCAGUGUGACACUCAAUGAGAUUGAUGAACCAAACGGCUCUCAGACCCCUGUAGCAAAGGAAAGCCACUGCAAAAUAUGUCCCUGA